CCAAGCUAUACGCAGCAUAACCAGCAGCUUACAUAUUGCUCUUGGAGUCUAGUAUACAGCAAUAGCAGCAUAGUCCCCAUAGCGUAUCCACAAAAAGCCAAAAGUGUGCUGCAAGAGCGAGUAACGCGUGCAGUGUGCGGCCGACGCUUGAUUACGAGAGUACUACACAAGCCCAUAGUCAUCAUUCGCUGUUGGUUCGUCAGACUUUGCAGUCGUGUGUCCGCACAAUCCUCCAUUUUUGCCGUAUUCAACACUUGUAUAUUUCUACUUGAACACGAGACCAAAGCAGUACCGACUGUUGUAUAGACAACACAGUCGGCAGGAGGCUUUCAGUUUGAAGAAGUGCGUGCUCAUCGUAUCGGUACCGACCGACAACAUUUUCGUUUUCUAAGUUCAUUUGAAAAGUGGUUUUUCUCCGUGUGUCAUGAUCUCGGUGCUGUUUUAUCCGGCCGAUUGAAACUGACUAGAGUGUCUUUCGUUUUUUGUUUUUUUUUUAGGCUUGCAAACAUCCCGAAUUCUAAGAGUCGUGAAUUUGGCGUUCGAUCGCGAGAAAUUUAAUUUCUAUCUCGUUACAACUAUCACUGCAAUGAGUUCCUAUCAGUUUGUCAAUUCGCUAGCGUCUUCGUGUUACGUUGGUCGGGGUUCGUCCGUCGGCGCCGGCGGUCCGGAUUUAUCCGGCAUGUCUGCCGCCGACUAUUACGCCACGGCCAUGAGCAAUUACCAGAAUUGCUACGGUGGUGGUCCGGUAGCUGUUGGACAGCCUCAACAGCAACCGCAUUACGCUGAUUUCGGUGCUAAUCACUUGGUCGGUCAACAUCAGCAACAACAGCAGCAGCAGCAGCAGCAGCAACAACAGCAAAGUCAGCAUCCGCAACACGCUAUGCCCAUGUCGCCCAUGUCGAUCGGCGGUGGUGUCGAUUUUAGCAUGUCACAGGCGUUGCAUGUUGCCCAACAACCGAUGCAACAACAGCAACAACAGCAGCAAAAUAGACUACAGCAACAGUCGGUUCUCCAGCAACAACAACAAAUGCGUGGCCCUUCCGCCCAGCGCCAUCACUCUGUCGCCAGUCCCGUCAAUUUAGGCGGAGGAGCUGUCGUGACGCCGAGCAGCUGUAAAUACGCCGGAGUGGCGGACACUAAAUGUUUGGGAUCUCCACAAGAUUUGAGCUUGACAACAACGACGUCUUCGUCAUCAUCUUCAUCAUCCAACGCCCUUUCUCACUUAAACGCGGCCGUUCAAAACAGUCUGGCCGGCGGUGUGCUACCGCUGGCGCCGUCAAACUCAUCUGUGCCCGUCGCAUCUUCCUCAUCGUCGUCCACAUCUGUCACACAGCCAUCGUCCAAGCAUCACCAUCAUCACAACAAUCACCAACAUGACGGUUCCUCUGGCAAAUCGAAACAGAGCCAGCAACGUAGCAGCCACCAUCAUCAUCAUCAUAGCAAGAACCCGUCGAAUGUGGUAGCUGUUGGAGCGUCUUCGCCCUCUUCCGUGUCGUCCAUCUCGUCCGGCGAUAGCGAUCCGCACAGCCCCGGCCAACACGACGGUGAUUCUAAAAAUCCGAACGCUCCGCAAAUUUAUCCCUGGAUGAAACGCGUCCAUCUCGGUCAAAACGCAGUCAACGCUAAUGGAGAAACCAAACGACAGAGGACGUCAUACACGCGCUAUCAAACACUGGAACUGGAAAAAGAAUUCCACUUUAAUCGCUACCUGACCAGAAGGAGGAGGAUCGAGAUCGCGCACAGCCUCUGUCUGUCCGAGCGACAAAUUAAAAUCUGGUUCCAGAACCGGCGCAUGAAAUGGAAAAAGGAGCACAAGAUUGCCACCAUGAAUAUGAUGCACCAGCACCCCAUGAUGUACCACGCGCACCAUCAUCAUCAUCAUUUAACAAUGGCCGACUUGACUGGUGAUCACAAGAUAUAGCUAGCGCAGGACGUUGGGUUCUACCCUACUAGUGCACCUGUAGGACCCGGCGACUACAACUACCACCAAUACGGAUCGUCACCAGCCUCCACUACCCAAUAAAGGAUGGAAGCAGACAGACUGAGAGAAAGGGAGAGUCGGAUCAUUAAGGAAAAGAUAUGGAUUUGAAGAACGGUCGACAUGGGCCGAGGCGCUAAAGACUCUCCAAGUACAACUUAAGUCCUUUGCCGUUUGCUGCUAAACAUUUUUCGCAUGACUUAUUGUACAAAAUUUUAAGAAAAGCGUCAUUAUUGACAAGAUAGAAAAAAAGAAAAGAAAAGGACGCUUCAAUCAUGUAAGCGUUAGAUGUUGCCGUUCCUUGUUGAGAUUUUCGAUCGAUAACAAAACGAAACUGGAGGACAGAUCGGGCGAAAAAAGGAAACCUCUUUUCAAUGAUCCCCCGCGAGUUUUAAGUGUGUGGGUGAACGAUAUUAUACAUAGAUAGACCUUUAGUUGUUGUUCCUCCAUGUCGUCGUCAUCUUCUCUCUUUUACUGCCCAUUUAUACAGUAGACUGCGGUGUAAAAAUACCGGUAUGUGAAUGUGUGAGUGUGUACGUGUCAAUCGCAAAUUUCUUCUUUUCCAUAAUUUAUUAUUAUUACCAUGUCAUGCAGAUGGGUGUGUAUAGUAGUCGUAAUUUUGGGAAGUCGAAAAAGAAUUUGAAGGGAAUAAUGCCUGGACUUUUACAUCGGGAAUGUUUACUAAUUCAGCGCUCCCGGCGGGCAUUUUCAUGAUACUAGAUCAAAUUAGAAAAAAAAAAAAAAAAAACGAAAAUGGGGAAAGUAAAAUAAAAGGACAUUAGAAUGCACGCGUACAGAGAGCAUAAAAAGUGAAAAACAAAACGUGUUGCCAUGGAAACCGAACCAGCUGUGUGGCACUUUCGAGGCUCACAUUCUCUCAGAUUUUCGCAUUCGUUUUCCUGGUUCGCCUCAUCUUUUUUUUCACUGUUUCUUUUUUCUCGCUACUGAUUGUUCUUAUUGCGCACACGGACACAACAAACCGAUACGACAGGCGACCUUAUACGCUAGUUUCACCUGUUUUUUUUUUGUUUUUUUAAUAUUUUAUUUCGCUAUUAUAUAUAGAGUACAUACAUUUAAAACACACUGGCUGUGCUGCUGACGCUCUUUUCGCGUUCAAUUUCUCUAACCGAAAUUGUCACAUCCUCCCAGCCCUCUUCUCAAUGUGACUGCCUGUUUGGUUUCUUCUACGUUGGAUUGCCAAUCGCGUGUUGAAUAUCGUGCACCGUUGUACGCCGUAUUAUUAUUACUAUUAUAUAUAGUUGUUUCCCUUUCGAAGUUCUUUCCUUCUUUUUAGUCCAUGAUGUUUGGUGACCCCAGACGUCUAUGAGAAUCAUCCUAUACAAAAAACAAACAAAUAAAAAAACAAAAAAACAAAAACAAAACAAAACAAAACAAAAAAAAACGCAAAACUCCUUUGCACCUGUAUUGUUUUUUUGUUGGUUUAAUUCGUCUCUUCUUUUCCCAGCUAUUUUGGUGUGUUCUUUUGUUUCGUGUUGUCCAUUCUAUCUCCCGAGAAAAAUUUAUUUCAAUACUAUGUGUGUAUGUGUGUGUAUGUAUUCAUUUGAGCGUUGUUUUAUUGCCCCAUAAUAAUUAAUUCUAAUUAUAAUAAUAAUUCCGAGUAUCGUGUAA